AUGGCAGAAUUUUUGGAAUUAGAAUAUUAUAAAAGAUGGUUUAGAAAGGUGCUGGAUCGUUUAAAUGAAUCAAAAUGGACACAACUAGUUAUGCUUAUUUCUAUCUUGCAAGCCAUUACAAUCAUUAUUCUGGAACUUAGAGUAUACUCACGUAAUAAUGACAUUGAACAAAGUUUGAAUACUGUUGGGUCUAUAACUGACGAAUUGGUUUUAAACGCUACUUGUGUAUUUCAACCUGCAUAUGUGAGAUUAAAUAAUAUUAGAGAUGAAAAUAUUAUUCAAUGGGUAGAAGUCAAGAAAUGGUAUAUUGACUUUGAAGAAGAUUGCCCGGGAAGGUUAUCUUUACAUACACAAUUUUUGAAAUACGAUGCACCUUUGAUAAGUGCAUUAUUAUUAUUUUCAAUUAUAAUGGGAUUUAUAUGCUUUAAAUUAUACCAACAGUUUGGUUGGAAUAUUUACAAAAAAAUUGGUGCCGAUUUAUCCAUGCAAGCGUUAAAUGUAUAUGUAGUUACAAUUAGUAAACUAAGUGGUCUAAAAAAUUUAAGAUAUAUGCCUAUUCAGUUUUAUAUGUUUCAUCUUGUCAUCACUAUUUGUGUUGCUAUAAAUCAAUUAUUAGCAUAUCGUUCGGUACGAAAAGAGUGGAAAGUGGGAAUGUAUUUUGUUUUUUUCAUAUGGAGUGCUUGCAUUUUAGACUUUACAAUACUUUUAUAUUAUUCAAUUGGUGAUGCGACCGGUAGUUGGUACUUUUUUAUCAUAUUUAUAAUUUUUGGUAUCAUCAUGGCUGCCACAACAUUAGUAUGGUCAAUAUUUGUAUUCAGCAACUUCGACACGGGACUAAAAGAUAUCAUUUAUAAAUCACAUAAAAAAACAGAAGAUGGUUUAUUAGAUGAAUCUCAAUACAAACGAUUUUCUAUUGAAGAUGAUUGA